UCUUUCCUUCCCAAACACCAAAUCCCCAUUUUCAAGCACAAAAGCAGCCAUGACCAAGCUUCGUCUCCAUCUCCGGCAACAAUCCGUCCUCCUCCUCCUCCUCUCUCUCGCUUUCGCAGCGGCCGUCGAUCGCCGGAUCUCGAACCACGACGGCGUGGCUGCCGUUGGAGAUCUGUGGUGCGUGGCGAAGAACAACGCGGAGGACGCCGCGCUGCAAUCGGCGCUGGAUUGGGCCUGCGGGCCGGGUUUGUCGGAUUGCCGGCCGAUUCAGGACGGUGGAAUCUGCUUCGAACCGGACGAUUUGCAGUCCCAUGCUUCAUAUGCCUUCAAUGAUUAUUUUCGCCGGCAUGGAUCUUCGCCGUCUGCUUGUGAUUUCUCCGGUGUCGCUGCUAUCACCGGACUGAACCCUAGUCUUGGAGACUGCAAAUUCCCUGCCAGCUCAUAUGCAAGCAAUGGAAGUUUUAGCGGGUCAUCGGCUGGAUUCGGUCCAAUGAGCGCCGACAUAAGUUCCGGCGUCAGUCGGUGCCGCACACUCUUUGUGUUUGUUCUCGCCACUUUCUUCAUCGCACUUUGUGUCUUCCGAUGACAUAACCCGAGUUUUAUUAGGCAUUUUGUAUUUGGGCUGAGACAUUCAUUUUUGGGAGAGGAUUAAUGUAUAUUUUGAUGGGGAUGAUUUUGAGAGGGGAUGCAAAUCAAAUAUUGUAAGUGAAACUUUUGUUCAAUCUUGAAGCCUUCACUUUAUAC